AUGCAACGAAAACGACAACGACGAAAUGUCGUGGUUGACGAUUAUCAUAGUAAUAAAAAACGAAAAUUACAAAAUGAAAUGACAACAAUUAAUACAAAAUUUCGAUCUCGAUUUGAAGAUUUAGCAAAUGAAAUUCUUUAUGAAGUAUUUGAAUAUCUAGAUAUUUAUCAUGUUUAUGAUGGAUUUUUCAAUCUUAACAAACGAUUUCAAAAUUUACUAAUGAAUUCCAAUCUUUCUAUUAAAAUUAAUGUAUCAACAAUGUCAAAAUCAAAUUUCGAACAUUAUUAUAAAGAUAUAAUUUUACCAAAUAAACAUCGAAUAAACUGUCUUCGAUUAUCAAAUCCAUUUACUAUUGAUAUUGUUUUUUCACCACCACGAAUUAUUACCAAAUUUGUUCGUCUUGAAACAUUAAUUUUUCACAACAUUGAUGCAAAAUAUCUUCAUAACAUUCUCAAUCAAUCCAUUCAUUUACCUAAAUUACAUUCAUUAGUACUUACUCUUGCUGAUUGUGUACAAGAUCCAAAUAAACUUUUUUUAAAUAUACUUCGUUUACCUAGAUUAAAAUAUUGCAAAAUUACAUAUCAAACAAAAAAAGUUUCACGAUCAUUGGAGGUUUGUUUUGAUAAUUGUGAAGUCAGUCCUAUUGAACAUCUCGUAAUGAACUGUCGUUUUCCAAUUGAUUCAUUUAAUCGUUUAUUAUGUUAUGUUCCUGAACUUCGUCAUUUAUCAAUUGAUUGUCUUAUUGAAUCUAAUGAUACAGAUAUGAAAUUAUGUCCUAUUUUAUUGAAACAUUUAAAAUAUGUUUCUCUCAAUAUUGAUAAUGUUUUAUUUAAUGAAUUUGAAUUAUUAGUAAAAAAUUAUUUUCAUUCUAUUGAAGUUUUACGUCUUACAACAAGAAUGGAUCAAACAUAUUUAAAUGCAAAUCGAUGGGAAAAAUUAAUCUUAUCUUCGAUGCCAAAUCUACGUAUUUUUGAUUUCCACCAUGAUAAUUCUGUGUUCGAAGAUAGUCCUGUAACAUAUCAUGAUUUAGUUCAUCAAUUUACAUCUCAAUUUUGGAUUGAACGACAAUGGUUUUUUACACAUCAACAUGAUUGGCCAGGAAGAAUUGAAAGUGGAAUAUUUUAUUCAACAAAUCCAUAUCGAAGAAAAGAUUAUACAUUUUAUUGGGAAUUAGACAAACAAAUUUGUCCUCAUCUUCAAGAAAAUAAUUUAAAUUCAGUUAAACGUCUUCUCAUUCGUAAUAAACGAACAACAAGUGAUUUUGUCAAUUAUUUUCCAAAUGCAACUGAAUUGACUAUUUCAUAUUGUUUUGAAAGGUCUGAUGAACCAUUUAUACCAAUUCUUCAUCGUAUAGUUCCAUUAGAACAUCUUACUAAAUUACAUAUUGGUCUUGUUUAUUUUCCUUUUGAACAAAUGGUUGAAUUAAUAAGUUUGACACCUAAUUUACAUACAUUGAAAUUGCAUGUCUUAUCUAUCAAUGAAACUUGUUCAAAAUUAAUUAAACAAACUGAUAUUUUUCGAUAUGUAUUAAAAACAAAUAAAAUAACAAAUUUAGAAUUUAAUUGUCCAACAUUAAAAGACAUUCAAUUUUUAGUUGAUUUAUUUCCUCGAUUAGAAUAUAUUAAAAUUGGGAUGGAUAAUCAAAGAAUGAAAGAAAUUCUACGAUUUUUAUUUACAAAUAUAAGUAAUAAAUUAUCUCAUUUAUUUUUCUUAUGUAUUGAUCGAGUACCUAAAAGAUAUUUACAAGAAUUUGAUAUGUUACUUAAAUCAGAAAAUUUACUUAAUGAUUAUUUUAUCAAACUUAUUAAUCGUCAAUUAUAUUUAUGGUGGUCAAAAUUUUUAUUGUUAUGA